UCACAAUUUGUCCGAUCCAAACAACUCAUAAGACGGUUUGAAUGAUCCAAAACCAAUUAGAAACUAGUACAUCAACAGUCGACUAGGUCUCUGGACUGUGAAGCCAAGCCGACCUGAAGCCAUGGAAUGCGCCGGAAAGGGAAGCAGAAGAACUCAGUGCAGUGGCCCACCCACAAGACGUUGUGGCCGUUGCGGAGCCGUUGCUUAUUGCUCCAUCUCUCACCAGGUUUCGCAUUGGACUGUUCAUAAGGAAGAGUGUGAAAGGUUGGAACAACAAAUGAAAUGUGCCGAUGUAUUAAAUGAAUUUCCUUUUGCAUUUUCUCAAGAAGCUACUGUUCAGGUGUGUGAAAAGCAGGAGACUCGGUGUUCGUUCUUGAAAAAACGGGGCAUACACCAAGUAGGACUGUGGAUGCAUGAAUGUUCUUGUGGGGCUGCUGUAGAUUCGUUAGAUCAUUCGAGGUUGGUUGAAAGCUGGAACCUUUUAAAAAUUUUAUGCCCAUGCAAAGGUCCUUCAUCCCCAAUACCAAAGCAUUUAUGUAGUUGGAAGGAUUAUUAUGAUUGGAGGUGCAUCCCACUAUAUUCUCCUGUUGCUUUGCUUCUUCACUGGCCACUUACGGUCUAUCACGCCAUUCAACUUGCUGCUGCAAGAAACUUGAUUCCUGAAUUCAGUAAUGAACUCCGUAUACACUAUCUUGGGCCUGAUAAAGAGCUUUCUCAACUUGCUGUUUUUGGAGAGUUGAUUGCGCUUUUCCAGGGAGUGCAAGUGCAUGUAGAGCUUGUUGGACCUGCAAUUCCACAAUAUAGGGAUGGCGAGAAGAUUGAUCUUUACAAUUAUGCUCACUGCAUUGAGACAGAUUGCAUUUGCAAAUCUUCAAGUGAGAAUCUAAGCUUGCAUGUGAGUGGUAAAAGUUCAGAGGUCAGAUUAAGGCUUCAUUCAGGUUAUUAUCAUGACCGUUACAGAGAUAUAGCAAAGGAUUCUUUGCCUCAUUUAAUUAUUGCUCCAAAUGCUGGGAUUGCUGCUUUUAUGAGCUGGUUACGAACUAUAGAGCUAAUAAAGACGAUAAAUAUCCCAGCAGUUUUUUCUGAUUACUGUGAAGAAGCUUGUCAUCUCGCUGCUUGUUGCAUAAGCUCUGUGACCAGUUGUCCUCUCACGAUUCCUAUUCAGCUAAAUCCGUUCAGACAGCCAAUGGUGGUGGAAGACAGUGCUUUGUUUCUUCCUUGCUAUUCAAAUUGCUUUCUCUUUGGGAUGUGAACUGGUCUACCCAAGAGAUCAUAUUUUUCUGAAGAUUGUUCAUCAUCUGACCUAAAUGAAGAUCUCAAGGUUUCUUGAAUCAACAGAAGAUAUUAGGAAAAUAUCACAAGUGUGUCCAAACUUUGUGGACUUCUGGCAUUCUCUCCCGAGUAUAUAAAUUGUCGCAUGGGAUGGGAUGUUUGGUUGUGUUUUAAUUUGAAAUAAAAAAUAAGAAGUUUGUGAAAAAUAAAAAAUAAUAAUUAAAAACCACUUGUCAUUUUUAUA